AUGCUUGCAUUACAGCCAACACACCCCAUCGUCGGGCCUAUCCCCACCGUCCUCCCCACGCCGGACGAGUACCAAACUGCCAGCCAUGACGGAGUUCGAGCUCUCUGGGUGGUCUUUGCCUUGAUGGUCAUCUCGUCGGCCGUCUUUGCACUGCUGUCCUGGAACAUCCCCGUGUCCCGCCGCGUCUUCCAUGUCAUCACCACCUUGACCACCCUCAUCUCGGCCAUCUCGUACUUUGCCAUGGCCUCGGGCCAGACAACGGCCUACAACUGCACCGCACAGAGGGAGCACCAUAAGCAUGUACCCGACACGUACUUCGACGUGUGUCGCCAGGUCCUCUGGGCUCGCUACAUCGACUGGAGCCUGACGAUGCCGCUCAUUGUAUUCGAGCUGUUCUUGCUUGCUGGUAUCGACGGAGCUCAUACCCUCAUGGCGGUCGUGGCGAAUCUAAUCAUGACCUUGACUGCAACGUUCUCUGCAUUUGGACAUGUUCACCCGGGCCAGAAAUGGGGUUGGUAUGCCAUCAGUUGCAUUGCCUACCUGUUUGUCGUUUGGCACGUUGUCGUCCAAGGCACUCGAGUCGCAAAUACCAGGGAAAACAACGUUACCAAGCUAUUCGGUUCCCUUGCUGUAUAUUCUCUCAUUCUCUGGGCCAUCUAUCUCGUUGUGUGGGGCGUUGCGGCCGGCGCGAAGAAGACCUCGGUCGAUACCGAAAUCAUCACAUACGGCGUGCUUGAUGUUUUGAGCAAGGCCGUUCUCGGCUUCUGGCUGCUGUUUGCCUCGCGCAAGUAUCGCGAAACCACCACCGAGGUGGGAGGCUACUGGUCCUACGGGUUCGGUACCGAGGGACGUAUUCGAAUUGGCCAGAACGGAGAAGAGGCCUAA